GUACGCGUGCACGGGUGCGUCGCGCGCUCACGUUGUUGUCACGAGCCUUAGCCAAGCCGUGGAGUGGAGGCUGGAGAAUUAAAACGGACAUCAAUUAUACGGCACAUUUUAUUUACCAAAUUUAGUGCGUGAUAAAAAAAGAGCCGGGCUAUAAUUUCAUAUCGCUGGUUGGCUAUUAAGACCGCCUGAGUUCUUCCGGUCAACCCGUGAUGUUUUCCAGUAUUUGAAUGAUAUUGCUAGCCUGCUAGCUAGCUGUUAAGCUAGCUUUACGGUGCUUGACUCGAAGUAACGUUAUAUCCUCGGACUCUAUUUUCAUUAAGACAUUUGACCGCAUUAAUCUGAGAGACAAGCGAGUGGUUGUCGGAUUUAACUGUAGCUAGUGAAUUAUUACAGUCACGUCAGGUGUUAUGCGAGUCGGUUGUAAUCCUAGCUGGAUAAGGAUUGAAUGAAAUAACGUUAGCUUCCCAGAGCCUGCGGAAACGAACCAGUUAACAGGGAUAAGGUUAAGUUCUCCUGCUGCUGCUUGAUCCACCGCCAUCCAGCUAAUCUAGCUAGCAAAUGCUAUCUGACCUAGCCUCCCACAAGCACACAGUGAGCUUGGUCGGUCAACCAUAAAGGUGUAGCGAACGAGUGAAUCCGCGAAGAAGCUAGCUAACGUUACUCCUAAACGUCAAGUUGGCCAUCUUCCACUCCAGCCCAGCGUUAAGCGGACCGACGGAUAACGUUAAGGCCGUAGUGAGGACAGAAACCUGCAAAAAUGCCGGCUGUGUCGAAAGGAGAUGGAAUGCGCGGAUUAGCCGUUUUCAUUUCGGACAUAAGAAAUUGUAAGAGCAAGGAAGCCGAGAUAAAACGGAUCAAUAAGGAGCUGGCCAACAUUCGCUCCAAGUUUAAAGGGGACAAGGCUCUCGAUGGCUACAGCAAGAAGAAAUAUGUCUGCAAGCUGCUCUUCAUCUUCCUGCUCGGCCAUGACAUUGACUUUGGACACAUGGAGGCAGUCAACCUUCUGAGCUCCAACAAGUACACAGAGAAACAGAUUGGUUACCUGUUCAUCUCAGUGCUUGUGAACAGCAACAGCGAGCUGAUACGUCUGAUCAACAACGCCAUCAAGAAUGACCUGUCCAGCCGCAACCCCACCUUCAUGUGCCUGGCGCUGCACUGCAUCGCAAACGUGGGAAGCCGCGAGAUGGCGGAGGCCUUUGCCAGUGAGAUCCCUCGGAUCCUGGUCGCUGGUGACACCAUGGACAGUGUGAAGCAGUCGGCUGCACUGUGUCUGCUGCGCCUCUAUAAGACCUCUCCUGACUUGGUGCUGAUGGGUGAGUGGACCUCACGCGUGGUGCACCUGCUCAAUGACCAACACAUGGGUGUGGUGACAGCAGCCAUCUCUCUCAUUACCUGUCUGAGCCAGAAGAACCCAGAUGAGUUUAAGACCUGUGUCUCCCUGGCAGUGUCCCGACUCAGCAGGAUCGUGUCGUCAGCCUCCACUGACUUGCAGGAUUACACCUACUACUUUGUCCCAGCACCGUGGCUCUCUUGCAAGCUGCUGCGCCUGCUGCAGUGCUACCCACCACCUGAAGAUGGCGCUGUCAAAGGCCGUCUGGUAGAGUGUCUGGAGACCAUCCUCAAUAAGGCCCAGGAGCCACCCAAGUCCAAGAAGGUGCAGCACUCCAAUGCCAAGAAUGCGAUCCUGUUUGAGGCUAUCUCACUGAUAAUCCACUAUGAUAGCGAGCCCAACCUGCUGGUGCGAGCCUGUAACCAGCUGGGCCAGUUCCUGCAGCACCGAGAGACCAACCUGCGCUACCUGGCUCUGGAGAGCAUGUGCACUCUGGCCAGCUCUGAGUUUUCCCAUGAAGCCGUCAAGACGCACAUCGAGACGGUCAUCAACGCCCUCAAGACCGAGAGGGAUGUGAGUGUUCGACAGAGGGCGGCUGACCUGCUCUAUGCCAUGUGUGAUCGCAGCAACGCCAAGCAGAUCGUCGCCGAGAUGCUCAGCUACCUGGAGACAGCAGACUACUCCAUCAGAGAAGAGAUGGUGCUGAAAGUGGCCAUACUGGCAGAGAAGUACGCCGUGGAUUACUCCUGGUACGUGGACACCAUUCUCAACCUCAUCCGCAUUGCUGGCGACUACGUCAGCGAAGAGGUGUGGUAUCGCGUCAUUCAGAUCGUCAUCAACAGAGACGAUGUGCAGGGCUACGCCGCCAAGACGGUCUUUGAGGCUUUGCAGGCACCUGCUUGCCAUGAGAACAUGGUGAAGGUCGGAGGCUACAUUCUGGGAGAGUUUGGUAACCUUAUUGCUGGUGACCCGCGCUCCAGCCCCCUGGUCCAGUUCAACCUUCUCCACUCCAAGUUCCAUCUGUGCUCGGUGCCGACUCGCGCCCUGCUGCUGUCUGCUUACAUCAAGUUCAUCAACCUGUUCCCAGAGACCAAGGCCACCAUCCAGGAGGUGCUGCGCUGCGACAGCCAGAUCCGCAAUUCGGACGUGGAGCUGCAGCAGCGUGCUGUCGAGUAUCUGAAGCUUUCCUCCAUCGCUAGCACCGAUGUCCUGGCCACCGUCCUGGAGGAGAUGCCUCCCUUCCCAGAGAGGGAGUCGUCCAUCCUGGCUAAGCUGAAGAAGAAAAAGGGGCCCGGUGCAGUGUCUGUGACAGAGCUGGAAGACAGCAAAAGGGAGGGUGGGGAGUUGAAUGGAGGGAGUGACCGGGGGCCAGACACAGCAGCCAUGGCUGCGUCCAACGCUUCCACCCCGUCACCGUCAGCAGACCUCCUUGGGAUUCGUUCUGCUGCUCCGGUUGGUGCUGCCCCAGCCAGCGCUGGCAGCCUAUUGGUGGAUGUGUUCUCUGAGGCGGGCCCUGCCGCUCCUUCUGCUGCUGUGAACGAUGACGGCUUCCUAAGAGAUCUGGAACAGCCCACCGAGACCUCUGAUUCCCUAUUGGUGGAGGGUUCUGGUGACUCGGACUCUGCUCCUCCCUCUGAGGAUCCUGCUCCUCCUCUGUCUGAGGCAGACGAACUUCUUAACAAGUUUGUGUGCAAGAACAACGGGGUUCUGUUUGAGAAUCAGCUGCUACAGAUUGGCAUCAAGUCAGAGUAUCGUCAGAAUCUGGGGAGAAUGUACCUAUUCUACGGCAACAAGACGUCGGUGCAGUUUGCCAGCUUCACCACCACAGUCAACUGUCCUGGGGAGCUGCAGUCUCAGCUCAACGUCCAGACCAAAGCAGUGGAGCCCCUGGUGGAGGGGGGGGCCCAGAUCCAACAGGUCCUCAACAUCGAGUGUCUGACUGACUUCUCUGAAGCCCCUCUGCUCAACAUCAAAUUCAGAUACGGUGGAGCUCUGCAGAACCUGACUCUCAAGCUGCCCGUCACCAUCAACAAGUUCUUCCAGCCAACUGAGAUGGCAUCGCAGGAUUUCUUCCAGCGCUGGAAACAGCUAAGCCAGCCUGCACAGGAAGCACAAAAGAUAUUCAAGGCUAACCACAGCAUGGACACUGAAGUACUUAAGGCUAAGCUACUGGGACUAGGAACGGCCCUGCUGGACGACGUGGACCCCAACCCAGAGAACUACGUGUGUGCUGGAGUGAUCCAGACCAAGGGCCAGCAGGUUGGCUGUCUGCUGAGACUGGAGCCCAACGCCCAGGCACAGAUGUACCGACUGACUCUGCGCUGCAGCAAGGACUCUGUGUCCAGGCGUCUCUGUGAGCUGCUGGCUGAACAGUUCUAGAGUCCAGACCUCUACCGUGACCAGUACUCCCAGCAUCCCUAGUGGCGACCUCUCCCUCCAGCCCUCCUGCCUCCUCCCUCCAACAAAGAGUCUUUGGUUUAAAAAAAAAUAAAAGAAGAAGAAGGUGUAACCUACAUAAGGGAAAAAGCAGCCACUGCUAGCAGCAGCGGCAAUACUAUUGUUAUUAUUGUUGUCCCCAAUUCUGGUUCCAGUUCAUCCUCUACUUGUUAAUUAACAUGAUGCUACAUUCUUGUUUUUGUUGGUGUUUACCUGUGUGUGUGUGUGUGUGUGUGUGUGUGUGUGUGUGUGUGUGUGUGUGUGUGUGUGUGUGUGUGUGUGUGUGUGUGUGUGUGUGUGUGAUGGUUGUUCUGGGGUCCCAUUCUGCUCCAUCCUUCUUUACUGAUGCGGUGUAUGAGUGUGUGUGUGAGAGAGAGAUACUUCAUUUGAAUUGGUAGAACAUUCCUAGAAGUCAAAUGGUUGACGCUGUCAAUUGCACACAUGAACUCAUACACACGCACACACAUUAGUAGAAGGCCUCCAUGAUUUCUGGUGGGAUCCACUAAAGAAGUGAGACCUGGGGUUCCCAGAACUCGGGUCUCUGCCCACUCAUUUCCGUCAAGCAUUCCCGGUGAAAAUGCACUUAAUGCGUUGGGAUCCUCUUUCAGGGUCUCCAGCAAGAGCCCCCUUCCUUUCCCCCCGAAAGAGCUUCUUCCUCCCCUGAAGCCCUGUAACGAGUAGCCUGUCAUUUUAAAGGAGCAGUGCACUCGUUUGGGUUGUUGAUGUGUAUGUAAAUAUGUGCCGUGUAGUACUUGAUCCCUUUCUGAGACAUUCCCAUCAUGCUGGUUUACAACGCGUGUAAUUAACCCAGCCACUCAAGUAGAAGGAUGGCACAGCAUGGACACUAAGUAGAAGACGGGUCCAGGGAUGAGACUUGCGGUGUCCAAACAGUCCACUGCCCGGGAGAUGGUUCCAGCUGCUUGCCAUUGUAAAGCUUCUGAUAAAACAUCUCUUACCUUUGCACAGCUUGUCCAAAGGUGUGAUUUAUACUUUAUUGAAAGCAUUUUCCAGGAGCAUGCUUUUGUUUUAUAAGAGAGAAGACUUCAGUGAUGAGGAUGAAUCAAUGUGUCUCCCACCUCUGAUAAAGAGCAGUGGACAGCGGCUGGGCCUGUGGAUGAGACACAUACCCACUCUAUAUCUAAAAGCCUUCAUGGCUCCAGGGUCCCUUUUUAGUGGUUUGGGUUGCUCCACCACUGGCCAUAUAGAGUCCAGUUGACGUUUCCUUUCUGAAGAAUUCAAUGAUCAGAAUAGGAUCCAGAUAGAGGCACCUUCAUCACCUAAAGCAAUGGAACGACUUCAUUGGCCAGUGGUGCUCUGAUCCAGAGCCAAUUCCUUCCCAGGCUGGACACGAGACAGCAGUCUCAUAUGCAUAUGUACACAUUUAUAUUCCUGCUUGUCCAGCCAUGCGUUCAUAGAACAGAUCAAUUAAUCAACCGCUACAGUCAGUCUGUAGACCACAGUUCUUUCAGUAGCUUCAAACUGUUCAGAUCCAUGCGUCCACAACUCGUUCUGGGCUUCCUCUCACGCACAAUCACUGAUGUGGGAGAGGACAGGAUGUAAGACACCCAGAUGUCCAUAACAAAUACAGGGGACUGUGUGUUUGUGUGUGUGUGUGAGUGAGAGAGAAUGUGGCUGUAAGCAGGUAAUAAAAAAAGCCUAAAGACAUUUCUAAUACAUGGUCACAUUAUAGUCUAUGGCUGCAGAGCAAUCAAAGGACAUUGAACUUUGUAGUGGAAAAUGUAGUCAUUUGGUCAUUCUGUGUGUGUGUGUGUGUGUGUGUGUUUGUGUGCGAGCAUGUGUGCGUGCAGUAUCCACUAGCUAAUGCAGCCUCAUGAAUCGGUGUUAAGAACAUGUCCAAUACCUGUGUUAGAAUUAAGAUUUACUCUGUAAUGAAGAAAUGUGAAAGUAAAACUAUGCCAUAUAUCUGA